CGAGCUGUCGGUGCAUCCGCGUUCUUCGGUCGCUAGUAUCUUGAGCAGCAAUUCUUGUUCACAAGCAUAAGUUCAUUGCAAUAUGGUUUGUACAGCUUGUCAUGUCAUAUCAAUGAGUCCGCGAGUCACGGAUUGACGGUCAACAUAAGCGUGUAUUUAGCAGCCAUGGCGCAAGGAGGCGAUGCGGUGGACCGCGUGCUUAGCAGGAUAAUGUCUUCGGGAAGUCGGGGCAGGGGCGUCGGUGCCAAGUCCCCAACUAGGAGCGCUAGCAACUUUAUGCAACGAGAUGUGAGCUCAGGGCGCGACAAACGCCCUUCAAGCGCACAGAAGCAGCAGCCCCGCGGCCUGUUGGGGACCGCAACGACACGGGAUGCCAGCCUGGCAGGCACAACGGUGGUGCCGUCCCUAGUGUUUCCGAAAGGCUUGCUCAAGCCCGGAUCACUGCAGCUACCGCUGCCAGUUGUUGGUGUGCCUGCAACGCCUUUGACCGCUGUGGGGCGCACCAGCCAGCCUGAGUUGGGACCGGCAGCAACAACAGCUUCAGCAGCAACCGGAGUGGCGUUUGCAGCAGCAGGGGCAACAGCCACAUCACGCCCUGCGUUGGGCGCGUUCGUGGCGCCAGGGCCUGCGGCCGGUGCGCCUGCGCCGGCGGCCUCACCUCCAUAUGCCAUCCUCCGCCAGCGCGACGCGAGCCCGCCGCCCCUGCAGCCAGGAUGUCAUGGUGGCAGCGCCGAAGAAGGCGCUAUCCGCUUGGCGGUGAGGCAGGGGCCAGCUGCCGGAGCGUCCUUCGGGCCUGGCUUCAAUGGCUCUCCGCACGGUGGCAGCAGGAGCAGCAGUCCAGGUCCGCAGCUAGGUGCUGGUGAGGCUCGGGCUGGCGUCUCGAAACUAAUCCUCAACGCAGGCGCGUCGGGGGCCGCCAGCAGCGGUGGCAAUGGGGCAGGGCGCACUGCCCCGGGUAGCCCCGGGCGGGGGCACGCUCGUAUCAGCAGCCCAGGCAAGGAAGGGGCGCCUGCUGCGACUGCGGGUAGCCCGAGGGCGGCGCAGCGCGGGAGCCCCCGCGGCAGCCCCCGGAGUCCACGUGGGUCCACGCAGCGUUGGGGUACCAGCAGCGGGCAGGCGGCAGGCGGCCCGUCCAGCCGCAGCGGCAGCGCCGGGGCCGCCAGCAGCAGUCACACUAUUACGCGUGCCGCUGCGCUCCGGGCGCUCAAGCAGCAGCGUUCCACCACUCCCGACCGCACUACGGCCACAGCCACCGCUGCCAUCACCACGUCUGGUGGUGUCGAUGGUACCGUCGGCGCAGGGGACACGGGUGCUAUGAGCUCAGCUACCGCCACUGGCUCGAUGCUGACGACCGGCGCCACGCCUUGCUCAAAGCCUGUGGCAGCCACCGCCGGGGCUGUCGUGGCUGACCCGGCUACCGCAGCACCGUAUGCACUGCCCGGCGGUGGCGCUAAAGCGAAGCGCAGUGCGGGUUCGCAUGAAGCGGAGACUGCCGCAAAGAACAUCACAAUGGCGGGUACGGGGUCGACUCAUGGCGGGGAGUUGCCCGCGGAAAUGCCGGCGUCCGCGCCACUGCCUUCCGAUGCCGAUGCGGCUGCCAAGUCGGCCCCUGCACCCGCUGGCGACGACGCCUUUGGCGAAAGCGCUAGCGCCACAGCUGCGGCCGUUGCGGGCUUUGCCGCAGCCCGGCUUGGCGCUGCGCGCUCACCAUCGCCAGGGGCCCGCCGUACCGAGCAGAGGGCUGUCGGUGGGGAGGUGCUGCUCGCACCUACCGCAGAUUCGGCUGGAGUGGUAACGGAGCGGCAGCAGCGCGCCAUGCGGCAACAUGUGCAACGGCAAAGCAGCCCCUCGCCGCAUAAGGGCGCGCGCCCGCGGCUGGUCCCGGCAGGAGGCGGCGGCUCGCCGGCUGCGCUGCGGGCUGCGGAUACUCCAGGGCUGCCGAACAACGGCAGCGCGGACUUGCCUACGUCGGGUCUGGUGCAGGGGUGGCAGGGUGACGUGGUGGUCGCGGCCAGGUCACGGAUCAAGCGCUUGGAAGGCCAGGUUGCGGACCUGACAACGCAGCUGGCCGGCGCCAAGGCCGCUCGCGGCGACCUACAGCGCCAGCUGGAAGACCUGCAGCGCCGCAACGCCAGCACCGGCCCCGAGGCGCUGGCGCGGGAGCUGCGGGACGCGCGCGAGAAGCUGAAGGAGUCGAUGGGCCAGGGAGCAGAGCUGGCGGCGGCGCUGGGGCGUGCCAAGUCAGCCAAUGAGGGCCUGGCGGCGCAAAACAAGGCGCUGUACGGCACGUUGGACGAGACGUUGGCGGCGGCAGAGCAUGCCGCGAAAGAGCUCAGGCAGCUGCGGGCCGCGCACACGGAGCUCCAGUCGGCGCACUCGGCACUUCAGUCGGACGAUAGGGAGCUGCAGGAGGAACUGGCGCUGCGUGAGGGAGCGCUGUCAGCGGUGCAGGCUGAGUACGCGGCACUCAAACGGCGCCACGAGGACGCCCUGGCGGCGGCGGAGGCAGCCCGCCGCGACGGCGCGCUGCGGGAAGGUCGCCUGCGGCGCGAGUUUGAGGCGGCGCAGGCGGAGACAGCGGCGGUGCAGCAGCAGUUGGCUAAGCUGCAGCGCGAGCACCAGCACCUGCAUGGGCGCAAGGCGGAGAAGGACAAGCAGCUGGCGGCGACGGCGAAAAGGGCGGACGCGGCGGCGGAGCAGCUGGCCGCUGCAGAGCGGCUAGCACAGGAGCAGGCCGGUCUGGUUCGUGAGCUGGAGUCGCGCUCGGCGCUGCUGCGCAAUCGCAACGCGGUCCUGGACAAAGCAGCGGCGACCGAGAAGGAGGCGCGACAGGCGGCGGAGGAGCAGGUCCGCAAGCUGGAGGAGGAGAUCUCGGUGCUGGUGGCGGUGGUGCGCCAGAGCGACCCAAACCUGGAGGCACUCAGCGGCCGGCUGCAGCUGCACGGCGGCCGCACCUCCGGCGCUUCCGCCGCCGCGCUCCGAUCCGCCGCCGCUGCCUCGGUUGCAGCAGCGGCGGCCGCCGCCGCCGGCACACCCAGGACCAGCGUGCAGGGCGGUGGACCUGCGGACGCCGAGGCGGCGGCUGGGCCGACAGCAGCGGAGCGCGAGGAGGCUGAGCUGCAGGAGUUUGAGGCCAUGGAGGCCCGGGCUGGCGCUGGAGGGCCCCUGGGCUCAAGGGAGGUGUCAGAGGGACUGACGGCCGCGGCACAGCCAGGGCCACACCACUCACUGGUGACGGUGACCGCUCUCGCGGCCGACGUGUCUCCAGGAUCACCCGGGCUCGCGAUGCAUGCACCGCAGCCGCAGCAUCCGCAGCUGCGCGGGACCUUGGCGUCGGGCGCCAUCGCAAGCCGAGCUCGCAGCCCGAGCCCCGUGCCAAGCUCGCCUGCCGGCGUGGGCUACCCAGCGAAGCACGGCAUGACCGGUGGCGUGUUCCUGCCCUGCGGCUCCCCCACGGCACAGCUGCAGUAUAGCCCCAUGUCAUCAGCUCGUGCGCGGUCGCCGGCGGGCCUGUUGCCGCCCGUGCCGUCGCUGUCGCCCAAGCUGAAGACCUGCGCGAGGGCACAGUCUGCGGGCGCGGGCGUGGGUAGCGACAGCGCGGGCAGCCGACAGCGGCAGCGCGCCGCCAGCCCUGGCUGGGCGAACGGGGCGGUUAUGGUGGACAAUAUGGAGCCAGGCGGUGGUAUCGUGGGCAUGCGACGUGCGCGCACGCCGCCUGGGCGCAUCGCGGCCGGAGCUCGCACCCGGCCUCAGCAAUCAGGCGUCGCGUCCACAGCAGGCGCGCCGCGCGCGGCUUCCCCAGCCUGGGUGGGGACCGGUCGUGGGGUGGCGCGCCGCGCUGCCACGCCACCUGCAGGCCGGGGCUCGGCAGCCGCCUGGCGGAACACCUCAGAAAGCGGCGGGGGUGUUCGUGUUCGAGGCAGCAGCAGCGGCGGCGGCGGUGGCGGCGGCGGCGACGGCGCUCAUCCCCGUGAGGCACCGUCGCCAGCGUCAACGAGCGAGGCAGCCUCUGGCGGCGGUGCUGCAGCUGUCAGCAGCAGCGGCGGUGCUACGCUCAUGAACCCUGCGGCUAUGGGCGGCGUGUUUUGGGGCCACAAGCGCCGCACCAAUAGCGGCGGCGGUGGCGCUGGCGGCGGCAGCGUAAGUGGCGCCCGCGCAGCCAGGCCAGAUGCGGGCGGCAUACUGAGUAAAAAGGACGAGGUGGGAGGCGGCAGCUAUGCCGCGCUCUCGGCGCGGCGGGCCAUGGCGACGUCGUGGCUCACCACUGGAUCUGGCGUGUCCGGCGACAGCAGCGGGCCGCGGUACAGCGGCGGCGGGGGCGAGCCCGCCGCUUGGCGUGGGUCAGAGCGUUCGGUCUCGCCCGCAGCGGCGCCCAGCAUCAGGCGCUCAAAGACGCCGGAGCCCAUGACGGCGGCGGCGUGGGCUAAGGCGUCGGGCCCGCGCAGGCGCGCAGCCACGCCGGAUGCCAUCCGCCUCAGCAGCACCGGCCGCGGUUGCUACAAGCCGCACCCGUCAGCAUCCUCUGGCGCCGCGGGCAGUAAUGGUGGUGGCUCCACCAGCGCAGCUAGUAACGAGCUGGCUGCAAUCCUCAAGCCGUCGGCGGCGUUGUUCGCCUACGCCCACGAACCCGGACCUUCUGAGUCACCCGGCCUGCAGCGUGAGCCGACAUUUGACGAACGAGCCAGGCCCGGCGGCGCGCACGGGUUGACAGCGGGUUCCUCUAACAGGGUGAAUGGCACUGGGGACAGCAGCCGGGACAGCGGCGGCGCUGCCGGCAGCGGCAGCGAUGGUGCGGACGCGCCUAGCGCUGGCGGCAUCAAGCUCGCUCGCGCAUAUUAUGAGCAGCAGUCGCCGCCACGUGAGUCGCCGCCCAGCCGUGCCGACACCGGUGAUAGAACAGGCGGUGGCGGCGGCAGCGCUGGCAGGGCCGGCGCUGGCGAAAUGUUCCGUGCCAGCUACGCUUUCGAUACGUCGCCGCCUGGCUCCAAGCCGCCGGCCGCGCUCGGUGGCAUUAAGCUCGCGGGCGGUGCCGAUGGAGCCGCGCAGGGCCACAUCGCCGCCGGCGCUCCCGAUGACGGCAGUGGCCACGGCGCACCGGCCUCGCUCGGCGGCGAUGCGGGCAUGGGAGCCAGCGCGAGCAUCAGCGAUAUGGAUGCCAAGUCGCUCAGCGCCGCGCUCCGUGCGUUGCAGGAGCGGCAGGCGCGGCUACUGCAAGAGCUCACCUCGACCCCAUCCUCGGCGUCCAGGAGCGCCGCUGCUCCCGGCCAGCCGCAGCGCGGCCCGGCCCCGCCGCAGCCGCCCCCACCGCAGCCGCCCCCGCCGCAGCCGCACCAGCCUUCCAUACCGCCGGGCGCAGCGGUGCUUGCAGUGGCGGGGGCAGCUGCAGCGGCCGUCCCGGCAGGGGGCGCACCGGGCUCGUUCAGCUUCCCUGCGCCGCAGCCGCAGUCGCCGAUCAGUGAGUCGCCGGCCUCGCUGCCACCAUCACAGUCAUCGCCCUCCCCACCCGGCUCCAGCUCCAAGUCACCGCUGCCGCCGGUGCCUGAGGCUCCUCAAGACGGCCGCUAUGCCGAGGCCAGUGGGAUGUACGUUGGCCAGCGCGACGACGGAUAUGGGCACCAUGCUUCCGGCCGCUCCCGCGCCGCCGCUGGCGUGGCUAGCGGCGGCGUCAGUAAGAAGCGGCCUGCCUCACCGCAGCGCGUGGCGCCAUUCGUCUUUCAAGACGACGAGGAGGAGGCCGAGGCGGCGGCGGGGCCAUCAGCCGCAAAGGCUUGGGAGGUCAGCGGCCAGGCGCUGGGUGCAGGAGCGGUGCAGCGGUCUCGGGAUGACCUGUGGUGGCCGGGCCAGAACGGGCCGCGUGCGCCGGCAGUGGCGGUUGCCGGCCCCGGGGCUCUGCAGAGCCCGGCGCGGAGCAGCAGGCGGCCCAGCGUCACGGAGGCGGCCGAGGCGGCCGCUGCUGCCGGCGCCGGUGUGGGCGGCCCCCUGACCGCUCUGCUUGGGCAGCUGCAGGCAGCUGAUGGCAGAGGCGGUGGCGGGGUUGCCGAUGUGAGGGGCCAUGCUGCGGCGCCCGUUGUCGUGACGCAUUUUAGCCUGGCCUCAGCGCUGUCGGCAGCCCCGCAGCCACAGCCACAGUUGCUGCCACACGACAAAGCCAUGGAGGCACCAGCUGCGCACGGCAGCACUGCCGCUGAUGGUGCUUGGGGCUACGCUGCAGCCGACGACGAGGAGGUUGAGGAUGCGGCCGAGCAGGACGAGGAGGUUGAGGAUGCGGCCGAGCCGGACGAGGAGGGCGCGAUGUGGCGGUUGCAGUACCCGCCGCAGCGUCCAAGCGUGCAGCACCCUUCCAUACCGACCAGCCUGCACCCCAAGCAGCUGCAGCACCACCACAACCUCUUGCGCCAGCCGAGCUCGCAGCCGCCCUCGGCGACGGCCGCAGCCGAAGGCUCCUUUUUCGGUGACGAGUCCAUUGCGGACGCGGCAGGCGCGCCGUACAGUAACACCGCGAGCCCGCGGCUCGGCGUGACGCUGUACGACAACCACGUGUACGGCGAUAACUCGUAUUCGUACGGCGGAGCAGCGGCGGCAGCGCCGGGCAUCAGUAAUGGCGGUGUGGGCGCUGGCGGUGCGGCUGUGGACCCAGUGCCACCAGAGAUGCACGUGGCUGCGGUGCGUGAGAUGUACAGCGUGGGAAGCAGUGGCGGCGGCGGGGCGGCGACGGCGCAAGCGCAGGGGCCGGCGGGUGAAGGUGGCGGGGUGCCGAUGAUGGUGGGCCCCGUGCGUAUCCCCACCUCCAUUGGUCACCCUACGCGGCAGCACCUGCCGCAUAGCCGCCUCGGCGAGGCACUGGCUGUGGCGGCGGAUGACAGCCAUGCGUCCUCAUCGCCGCCAGCUGCGUGGGUGCCGCUGUGCACGCGGCACAGCAGCGGCGCCAGCUCCCCUGCCAUUGCCUCUAGCAGCGGUGGCGGCGGCCACCCACCGAGAAGCGCUGACUUUGGGGCCUCGGCACAGUCAGCACGGUACGCUGCGGCACACGUGUCGGACUUGGCAGCGGCUGCAGCUGCUUCCGCAGCGGCGGCGGCGGCGCAGGCGGAGUUCGAAACUCGCAUGCGCGCGGCCGCGGUUGCAGGCAUGCCUGAAGAGGAUGAGCAGUCGACGGAGGAUUACGGCGACAGCGACUUGGGUGAUGCGCAGCUGGGCCUGGGGCAGGGCACUCGGAGGGGCAUUGGGCAGGGUGAGCAAGAGCCUGUAGUUUCAGCCUCGUCAGCCGCAGCAGACGGAGUGAAUAAGCGGCAGCGGAUGGGCUCUGCCACGGGCUCCCAGGCGUCGGCGGAAAGAGGCGCGGCGCACGCGGUAGUUCCCUCACUUGCCGCCUCCAUUGCAGCGGCCCUGGCAGGAUCGGCGGCGGACGGCGGCUCGCCACCUCGGCGGGUCCAGCAGCAAGUGCCACACCCAGCCAUGAAGCAGUCUGUGGCAGCUGCUGCUCUAGGUGGACCCACCCCCAAUGCCGGUGCCGGCGACAGCUCGUCAGGCUGGGGCUCGACGCUGGUCACGGGCAGCGGAGGUGGUGGCAGCAGCAGUGGGCCAGUCCACAGUCCAACGGGCGCCGCAGCUCCGGCUUCGGCAUCGAGCGCGUCCUUGGCGCUGACGGCUGGGGGCUCGGCAUCGACGGCAGCUGUCCGACGCAGCUUCCAGCAGCCUGGCACGCAAGGAUCACCUCUCCUGGGGGCCCACACUACUGGUGCUGUGACGGUGGCCGUUGCCGGUGCUGGGGCCCGGAGCAGCAGUCUCAGCGGCGCGAGCAGCAGCGGCGAUGGCGCGCUUAGGAGGCAUGCGGGUGCUGGCGGUUCCGGGUUGAACGCCGCAGGGAGCACAUAUGGGCGACCGCCAUCCCCUGGCGUCAAGCCGUUGAAUCUUGCAGACGUGCUGCGCCGCUCACCCAGUGGCGGCGGACAAUAAGGUUAACAGUUGCAUGUGGUGGGUUUAUGUUAGUUCAGUACAAAAAUGCGUAGAAGAAAGGCAGGUGACCCUGUGCGUGCGAGCGCUAUGUAUGGCGGCGUCGAACGGUGCGCGUUGAGUGCUGCCAAUCGCAGGAUGUCCGUACUACCACAAACUUGCAGUGCAACUGAGACGCAAGCCAUCUAGUCCCUUGCGAGGAGGAGGCCCCUCAACACAAAGCCCAGUUCAAGCGCAGACUUGCGCGUCUGCUGUAGUCCCUACUGUAACAUGCAUGCCUA